UUGUAUAUACAGGUCGACACAGCAGGCACACAUGCGCAGUUUUCCCUACAAGUUGCCAAUGUGACCGAGGACACCACAUUCAACUGCGUGGCCCAGAACCCUCUCGGACAGGCAAAUUGGACCAUAAGAGUUAAUCUUUUACCAGGACUCGAUCCUGAGUGGAAAGACGACUUUGUCACUUCAAAAUCAGAGAAUGGUGAAGUGGUACUGGUGUUUAGUGACAACCUGCCUGAUUACCUCAAACCACCAAACGAAUGGAUCAUACGUUACACAGAUGACCCACGGAAACCAAAGAAUGAGUGGAAAGUAGUUCCCUCAGAUUCUGCUCCGCUUACAAGAAUUACUGUGCCGGAUAUGGAGCCGGGCACUUACUACUACCUCGUUGUAGAUAGUCCUGACAAGGGAAUCCAAACACCCACAUUGCUUGUCAUGACGCCAAAACCUCCUAGUGACAUUCGUGUCGGCACGAAUAUCAAUGAUGAGACGAUUGUAGAUUUCAAACCAGCUAUCACCUCACAACCCCUGAAGAAGUACACAAUCAAAGUGUGGAAAUUGAGUGAUCCGAGCAAUAUCAAACAUUACGAGUCAGACACAGAUGUCCCGAGAGGUGUGGUACUUGACGGUCUAGAUCCAGACACCGAGUAUGCGGUCGUGGUUGCAGCCGAAUUCUUCGAAGGUGACAUUCUCCCGAGCGAACCAGUCACAGUGCGCACUCCACCAGGAGGUGUUGCAUGCGAUUGCGCACAUGCAUGUACAUUUGAAGAAGAUAAGGAGGGUGCGAUCAUACCAAAGUGUUACUGUCACACUGGAUUUGUACUUGGCGAAGAUCAAAAGUCCUGUGUACCCUCUGCAGAUACCCCGACAUCAUACACAAUCGUUAGAGUCACACCUCCAUCAUUCACAACUGAUGUCCAACCCGAAGAAAUAUCACUAACAACUUCCAAAACAUUCAUCGACGACGAAACUAGUGCUGGAGGAUUAGUAGGACCAGAUGCGUCUCCAUUGCCGACAACAGCAGAUGGUACGGUUCUUAUGGUGAAAGAACCGAAAUCAACCGUUCGUCCGACAGACUCCAGUGGUCGCGAGCUACCUUUAGUUGUCGGGCCAGAUGGAAUUCCACUGGAUAUAAAUGCUGAGGGACAAAUUGUUGAUAUGAAUCAAAAUCCGAUUAUAAUAGACGAUGAAGGUGCUCCCCUAGAUCCCUUUGGUAAUCGCCUACCUCAAAAUAAACAAGGAGUAUGGAUUUACCCUUUGAUCGAUAAAAGUGGAAAUCCCUUACCGGUUGACGAAAACAAUAUGCCGAUAAUAAGUAUAAUUGACACGCACGGUAGAGAGAUUCCUGUCGGUGAAGACGGUAAUAUUGUUGAUUCAAAUGGUCGUAUAAUAAAAACGGACGCCAUUGGCAGACCAUUAGAUAAGAAUGGUCAACCGUAUCCAAUAAAUGAAGAUGGGUUCUUCGUCGUUGGGCCGAUUGAGGAAACAGUACGCGAAGAAUCACAAGGAAAACCUCAUAUGCCUUUACUCACAGUUGAUGGUGAACCAAUUCCAACGGAUACAUCUGGAAACUAUGUUACUACUGACGGUACGAUUGUGGAAAAGGAUGGUAAAGGAAGACCUUUAGGUCCAGAUGGACAUGUGCUCCCAACAGACGCAACAGGAAACUACAUUUAUCCAGCUUUAGGAUCAGACCGACGUCUGCUGCCGACCGACAUUAACAGACGGCCUAUUCAUCCGAUAUUAGGACCUGAUGGAUCUCCUCUUCCUACAGACAAAUCAGGCCGUCCUCUUGGCAAAAACGGCGAACCAAUUCCAACAAAUGCUGCUGGUACGCCACUGGAUAACCAAGGGGAACCAUUGCCAACUGACAGUAAUGGUAAUUUUGUUACUAUUCGCGAAGAGUUACCAACGGAUGAGAGUGGACAUAUUAUCUAUCCUGUGACGAGGCCUGAUGGCUCGCCACUUCCUACGGAUGCAUCCGGAAGCUUUAUCACUGACGAAGGAACGAUUGUUGAGAAAGACGACGAAGGUAGACCAAUAGGACCAGAUGGACAUGUGUUGCCAACGGAUGAGAGAGGGAACUACAUUUAUCCUGUGAUUGGGCCUAACGGUAGUCCUCUUCCAACGGACAUCCACAAACGUCCAAUCUAUCCAGUUGUUGGAAAAAGCGGCAGUCCUUUGCCUACAGAUGUAUAUGGAGCUUAUAUCGACGCCGACGGCCGACCUAUUCCAACAGAUACGAGUGGGAAACCAGUUGGUCAAGAUGGUUCACCACUUCCAACCGAUCACUCCGGCAAUUAUAUAACAGGUCCAUUUGAAAAAACUAUGACUAAAAUGCUACCAACUGAUGAAAGUGGUAACUUGAUUUAUCCCGUCACCAAACCAGGUGGAUCACCACUUCCUACGGAUGCAUCGGGAAACUUUGUGACCGAUGAAGGAAUCAUUGUUGGAAAGGACGAAGAAGGUAGACCACUUGGUCCAGAUGGACAAGUUUUGCCAACAGAUGAGAUCGGAAAUUACAUUUAUCCGGCUGUAGGACCAGACGGACGUCCUCUACCAACCGACAUUUACAGACGGCCUAUUCACCCAGUAUUAGGACCUGAUGGAUCUCCUCUUCCUACAGACGAAUCAAGCCGCCCUCUUAGCGAUGACGGCGAACCCAUUCCAACAGACGCUGCUGGCACUCCACUAGAUAAUCAAGGACGCCCGCUGCCAACUGACAAUAGUGGUAAUUUUAUUGCCAUUGGCAGGGAAGAGGGUGUUAGCAAAGAAUUACCGACAGAUGUGAGUGGAAAUACUAUCUAUCCUGUGACGAGACCUGAUGGGUCACCACUUCCUACUGACAUAUCAGGGAACUCCGUUACUGACGAAGGAAGGGUUAUUGAGAGGGACGACGAAGGCAGACCAUUAGGUCCCGAUGGACAAGUUUUGCCAACAGAUGAAACCGGGAACUACAUUUAUCCAAUUGUAGGACCUGACGGACGUCCUCUGCCGACCGACAUUUACAGACGGCCUAUUCAUCCGGUAUUAGGACGUGAUGGAUCUUCUCUUCCUACGGACGAAUCGGGACAUCCUCUUAGUGGUGACGGCGAACCCAUUCCAACGAAUGCUGCUGGUACGCCAUUGGAUAGCCAAGGACAGCCGCUGCCAACUGAUAGUAGCGGUAAUUAUAUCAUUACUCUCGAAGAAGAAGGUGUUAGCAAACAGCUCCCCACAGAUGAGAGCGGAAAUGUUAUUUAUCCCGUUACCAGGCCUGAUGGAUCAUUGCUUCCCACGGAUGCCUCUGGAAACUUCCUUACUGAUGAAGGGAUGCUUGUUGAUAGAGAUGAAGAAGGACGACCAUUAGGCUCAGAUGGACAAGUGCUGCCAACAGAUGAAGUAGGAAACUAUAUUUAUCCUGCGAUUGGACCUGACGGUAGUCCUCUUCCAACGGACUUCCACAAACGUCCAAUAUAUCCAGUUGUUGGAAAAGAUGGUAGCCCUUUGCCUACAGAUGGAUCUGGAGCUUACAUUGACUCUGAUGGGCGACCUAUUCCAACCGAUGCAAGUGGGAAACCGGUUGGUCAGGAUGGAUCACCACUUCCAACUGAUGCUUUCGGCAAUUAUGUAGGUGGUCCACUUGAGAAAACCAUUAUUGAAGCACCACCAACUGACUAUAGUGGUAACGUGGUCUAUCCUGUCACCAAACCAGAUGGAUCACCACUUCCCACGGAUGCGUCGGGAAACUUUCUUACUGACGAAGGAACUAUUGUUGAAAAAGACGAUGAAGGUAGACCACUAGGUCCAGAUGGACAAGUGUUGCCAACAGAUGGCGCAGGAAAUUACAUUUAUUCAACUGGAGCGGAUUUGAGCCUUUCUACCACUGGCUUUACACUUCACCCAUAUCCCGGAGGAGAGGUUCUUGUAUUUACUUCGGAAGCACUGCAUUGCUCUCCGGGCGAUCUUCCAACUGAAACUCUUCUCUUUAUUGUUGAAAGUUCUCAUAAAAGUGGUCCAUAUCUGCAGGCAAUCAAAGCACUUUUAAAGUCAUUCGUUCAAUCUCUUCCAAAGAAAGGCAUGCCGAAAAUAGGCAAAUUGAUCUAUGCGGCAACGACUGAGGUCACUAUUGACAUUGGACACUACAGAAAUAAAGAAGAACUCAUUACUUCAUUUGACGAAAUCAGAGAGAUAGGUGGUUCGCCUGAUGCUGAUCUCGCUCUAAAUAUAGCUUUACAACUAUUGUUAGAAGAAGAAAGAGGACCAGCUGUUGUUCUACAUUUUCACUUAACACCCUUAAGGUUAGCCUUCUUUCCUACUAUUUCUUCAUGUCUUUUACUCCAAGCUCGUUUUCAAGCGUGUCGUUUUUAA